UGGAUCUCAAAUGGUGUAGCCUAGCCUACUAGUGUUGAUGUUUCAGUGCGUAUGGCCAAUUAAUUACGCACUGAAACAUCCCCGAAGUGCACAACAUCUGAGACACAGCAUCUGUUUUUGCAUUGUACUCCAAUUGCAGGUGUAGAUCAGACCGACAGACAGAGCUACUACAGAAUGUCCCUUGCACAGCGCGCCUUGCUGGCGUGGAUGGUGUCGCUGGUCUUCCUCAGCCUGCUGGUGCUGAAGCUGGACGGCCGUCUGCAGUGGAGCUGGUUCCUUGUCUUCACUCCCGUCUGGCUGCUGGACGCCGCGCUCCUGUUGCUGCUGCUGCUGCGGAUGGCGGGUCGCUGCAAGGCCGGCUACGACCACCAGGCGGCGCCCUUGCAGCUGCGCCUGCGCAGGAAGGCGUGGCACCUCGCGGCCGUGCUGCUCCAGUUGGCCUUCUGCUUGGCGCUGUGCGCGCGGCUCCACGGCCUCACGGGCCUGCUGAUGGUGUACGUGUGCGUGCCGCUCUGGCUGCUGCUGACCGGGGCCCUCGUGGAGCUGGGCUGCACCAUCUUCCCGGCCCACAGCGAUUAGUCACAUGGCAAGAGAACACAAACUGUGGAGCAGGAAUUUCGCGAGGGCCUUCAGGGCCAUGGCCCUCGUGCCCUCCCACUUUGGGCUUGUGCCCUUGAAAAAAGUAUCUGCCAUAAGGCCACAGUGGCCUUGGUGCCCCCUCUGAUGCCUCUGAUUUUUUUUUACAUUUAUGGCCUUGGUGCCCUGGCUAUUGGCCUUUCUGCCGUCAAAUAAUUGACAACUCAAAAGGCCAAGUGGCCUUGCCCCUUGCCUUGCCCCUUGCCCCUAAAACGACGAAAUUCCAGGCCUGCUGUGGGCGAAGUGUAUCCAGGGCCGGUUCUACACAGGGGCCAGAGUGUGCCAGGGCCCCUGUAGCAGGCAGGACCGUAUUAAGACAUUGUGGCGCCCGCCCCGGGCACUUGACUACACCUCGCAGGGGCCCCCUUUUUGAACAAUAUUUGUUAAGUUUGUGUCUUGUGGCUAACUGGCUGUAAAUGGUUGCUGCUUGGUGCCCCUGGGUACUAACUGUGCCACUGGCCCCUAUGGAUAAUCUGGCCCUGCCCCGUAGAUUUCCUCCUGGCCCCUGUGCUGAACUUUCUCUCUUUUUUUGCCUUUUUGAUGCCUUUAUUUGAGAGGACAGUCGAGAGUGGGACAGGAAAUAAGGGAGGAGAUAGAGAGAGAGAUGGGGACGGAUCGGCAAAGGACCCAGGCCGGAAUAGAACCUUGGUCACCGGCGUAGCAGCCAAGUGCCGUUCUGCCAAGCCAAUGACUUUCUAACCACGACAUGAUAUACAUUUAGCAUAUUAUAUAUUCAUAACAUUAAAAAUGGUUGUCUGGCCCUUGCGGUGUGAUGGAGGGGGCCCAUUCUUGUUGUCUGGCCCAGGGGCCCAUAGGGUCAUCAUAAUCCGUCUCUGGAGGCAGGCACGAAGAGCUGGGGUGCACGAAGAGCUGGACUGGCCAUCUGCCAUAGCGGGCAUUUCCCGGUGGGCCCCGCAUCCUCGUGGGCCCUUAUAUUCAAAAAUGUAUAUUUCUGAAAAUAAGGGCCCACGACUCGAGUGCGGGGCCCACGGGUGAGUCAGUUCAGCGCCACUUAUUAUGAGGGGCCCUUUAAGCCCCAAGUGCCCAGAUGGGCCCUAAUUCUCCCCCAGUCCAGCCCUGGGUGAAGAAUCUUCCCCAUACUCAUGAUGAACGGCGUGACGUUUUCCAUGUGCGUUACGCCCAUUUGUGGAGGAAAACAAGCCAUGCAAGUCAACUGGUGAUGUUGGGGUUUAAUAAACUAAAGAUACGGACCUGUAGACUAGCGUUGUUCACGCGAAACAUGCAGAAAACGUGUUGCGUUGCCGGCUUUUGAAAUAAUAGAGCCAAACAGCCGUGGCUGAAGCAUGGAUUGUGUUCAUUUAGACAAGCCGAUGUAGCAUGUGAGUUGAUGAGACAUUCGGUUUGUUUUUACCCAUAAAGGGGCGUAACGCACAUUUACGAGCAAAGUACCCGGAUGGCCGUUCAUGAGUAUUCACAACGACUACAGUAGUCGAGUCAUUAUAGACACUAAACACAGGGUCGCUGACAGCUUUGGUUGGGCCGGGGGCAAAGCCACCUGAAAACGCCAGCCCCCCUCACCCACUAGCCAAACCGCCGCACCGGACAGGCAUGCCAGUGGCAACAGGACUGUGGCACAGUACAGCUGGAGGUAUGUUGGUAUGCUCCAGUCUAUUGCAUCAAACUGCAUCAUGGAAGCUUUUUGUUUCUAUGUUAAGUGCAUGCUGUGAUUCUGGAUGUUUUAAGUCGUUUGUAAAUAAAUUGUUCA